UUACCGAAUUUUGUCGACUGAAGCCGAGUGAUGAGGAUCAGCUGACUGCGGGGCUCUGUCGUCCUUCGAUGGAACAUUUCUCGGUUUGUUGAAUCCAAAUAAAAUAAACUCUCUGAUUAAUCGAUCACACCGCGGACAACGACAUGCCGUCGCUUCUGUUCUGCGGGCCGAAGAUGGCCGCGUGCGGGAUCGUGAUCAGCAUCUGGGGAGUCAUAAUGCUGGCGAUGCUGGGAAUCUUCUUCAGCGCCAAGUCGGCCGUGUUGAUCGAGGACGUCCCGUUCACCGAGGAGGACAUUCGUGGAGAUAAAAAUCCUCCUCAGAACAUCUACAGUCUCUACAACCAGGUCGGCAUCAACUGCUUCAUCGCCGCCGCCAUCUACGUGGCUGUGGGCGCCGUGUCGCUCUGCCAGGUGCGGCUGAACAAACGUCAGGAGUACAUGGUCACAUAAACGACCCGACGUCGCCAGCCGCUGGAGGUCACUUCCUGUCCACGUUCCAUGUCACAUUACUUCCUUUAAAGCGGACCAAUCAGCAGCUGGAGAGUGUUUUAAAUGUUGGAUGUGGUCAAAGGGUCGGCCGAUAUCAGAAUUAUUUAUUUUAAAGUUCAAACCCUUCAAUGUCUUUGUUGUUGUUCUGAUGUUUGUUGUUGUUGUUUGCUGAAAUGUGACAUAAUUCCUUUGAGCAGGUUAUCCACGAAAGCAGCCGAGCGCUGAGAUUUAAAUUAACAAACAGAAAAUAAGAAAUCAAUCAAUCGAGCAAACGUCAGAUUCUGAGUCAGGAUUCACCUUGAUGAAGUUUUCUGGAGACAACUCCUUCAGUCUGUUUCAUCUCUGAUCUUUAUCUUCUGCUCAAACAAACACGCUAAGACGUCAGUUUCACAUCGAAGCUCCUCCUCUGAUUGAUGUGAAGGUGAAAUGUGUUCAGGCUGUUUGUGAUACUACUGUGGAUAAAAGUGCAAAACUAUGACUGUGGAUAACCUUUGCAAUAAAGUCAAAAGUGUGUGUGAAAACA